AUGUCGACAUCAACUGCUGCUGCUGCUGCUGCUGCUGCCCCACCAGACCCCACACCUGAAGAACUCAAAGCCGCUAGAGAAAAAGAACAAGCCGAACAAGCCACUCUACCCUACAAAUGGACACAAGCUCUCGAAGAAGUCGAUAUUAUCGUCGCUCUCCCGGCCGGCACUCGAGGACGGGAUUUGAUCGUUGAUAUCAAACUUACCGGGUUGAAAGUCGGGUUGAAAGGCAAGGAGCCGUUGUUCGAGGGAACACUAUACAAACCCAUCCGCCUCGACGAUUCAACCUGGUCCGUCUCGGACUCAACCCUUGAAAUCCAUCUGGAUAAAUCCAACAAAAAGGAAUGGUGGCCACACGUUCUAACCCACCAUCCCAAAAUCGACGUAUCCAAGAUCCAACCCGAGAAUUCAAAAUUAAGCGAUUUGGACGGUGAGACCAGAGGGAUGGUGGAGAAGAUGAUGUAUGAUCAACGACAGAAGGAGAUGGGAUUACCGACUAGUGAUGAGCAGAAGAAGAUGGAUAUGUUGAAGAAGUUUCAGGUGCAACACCCUGAGAUGGAUUUUAGUAAGGCGAAGAUUAAUAUGUAG